AUGGCAGAAAUAGCGACAACUAGCGAGGGGAGUUCCAACAGUAGCGAGGUGGAGCAACAUCAGCCUACCCCGGAGUUUCUACAGCGCAAAAUUUAUUUCCUGGUGGACCAACUUAGAAAAAUGCACGAGGAGCUGCCUGAGAACCUCCAGACACGCAUAUCCUACGACUUACUCACAGAACUCGCCAACUGUGUCCUGAACGAGGGCAUUUUCGUAAUAGUUAAGGCUCUGAUGGAUUUGCAACACGAAACAGAAAGACAUCUCAUCAAAAUGCGACAGCAGGUGGAGAACGAGUACGAGAUCGAGGUGGCGCAAUGGAGAGUCAAAAUCAAAGACCCCGAGGAACUGCACCACAUUUUGGGAUUAAUGAAAAUCAAGCAUACCAAGAAACUAGUCGAGUCUGACAAGAAGAUUAUAGAAAUACUAGAUCAGAAGGUUAACGACCAACAAUCCACUCUUCAAAAAGCCGGCGUGCCGGGUUUCUAUGUCACCGAGAACCCCAAGGAGAUCAAAAUACAAAUGUUCCUGCUGGACUUCAUUCUGCGUCUGAGUCGUCUGAAGUAUGAGCCCAACAAAUAGCAUAUGGACACUAAUCCGGAUCCCAUAAAAGACUGCACUUGACUUGUUUAAAUUAGAAUACUUAAAUCUAUUAAAUUAUUAACCCUGAUCAAA